AUUAAGAUAUUUUAAAUUAAAAUAUUUGCUAGCAAUCUCUUCGAUAGUUUUAUCGGUAAUUUUACAAAAGGAAAUAUCAAGAUGUCGAAGCUUUGAAGAGGAACGAAUAAUACCACAAAUUGAAUGUUCAGUAAUCUCUGUGCGAUAG